AUCCCAUCUUUUCCAUUCAUUCUAAUUUUAUCACACAUCUGAUCACUUUUUCUGCUGUACUAGCUACCACUACCUUUAUAUUCUUCUUCUUCUUCAUAAAAACUAUAAGCUUUUUUAUGGAGAAUUACGCAAUGUUCUUCUCUAAUCUAUCGACUGAUCAGCCAUCUUCUUCUUCCAUGUUCUUGAACAAUUUGGCAAGCUCUCAUCAUUUCCAUGGUAGUAAUAAUCUUUAUAAUAGCAAUCAUCCAUAUGGGUUUUUGGGGUUGAAGACGGAGAUGCAAGUUCCGAAACCAAAAGUUAAAGAUGGUGGUGAGAGGUGUUUGGUGUCUGAAAAUGAAGCCAAACCUGGUGCAGGUAAGAAGAAGGGAGAGAAGAAAAUUAGGAAGCCCAGAUUUGCUUUUCAAACAAGGAGCCAGGUUGAUAUACUUGAUGAUGGGUAUAGGUGGAGAAAAUAUGGGCAAAAGGCAGUUAAGAACAACAAAUUUCCAAGAAGCUACUAUCGGUGUACACAUCAAGAGUGCAAUGUUAAGAAGCAAGUCCAACGGCUAUCCAAAGAUGAAGGCGUUGUGGUUACUACUUAUGAAGGGAUGCACACUCAUCCAAUUGACAAACCCACUGAAAACUUUGAAGAGAUCUUGAGUCAGAUGAAAAUUUACCCUCCUUAUUAAAUAAUUCCUCAAAUAUAUAUAUAUAUAUAUAUAUAUAUAUAUAUAUAUAUAUAUGGGAAGAAUUAAUGUCACUUAUUUACCGAAAAAAAAAAAAAAAGAAUUAAUGUCACUUUUGUAGAGCAUAUUAUAAAUUUUAGUGUUACUCCUUGAACAUGAUGAAAUAAAGUUUUGGUAACUAUUAGGAAUUGUAAGAUACUAUCAUUUAAUUUGCACUUGAACAGACAGAAAAGGCAUUAUGGUUUUGUGUAUUGAAGGCGUUAGAUCCGCUUUAGUUGCUUAUGAUAUUCAAUAUAUAAUCAGACAAUUACUUACUUGCUUGGCUUCUUUAGUUGUUUGGUUUUAAUUUGGACGGAUCAAUCA